AUGGAUUUCGACAAAGAGGCAGAUAAGAAAAUAAAAUUCACGUCGACAUCGUCGAAAAAUGUGAAAAUACACUCUACUUUUGAAAGUAUGGGGCUAAAGCCUGCAUUGUUGAAAGGUAUCUAUGGCUACGGGUUUGAAUCACCCUCUGCCAUUCAAUCCAGAGCUAUAGUACAGAUCGUUCUGGGCAGAGAUACGAUUGCUCAGGCCCAGUCUGGUACUGGGAAAACCGCAACUUUCUCCAUUGGAAUGCUCCAAGUGAUUGACUCUAAGUCAAAAGACUGCCAAGCGAUAAUCUUGUCACCAACAAGAGAAUUGGCAACCCAGAUCCAAACAGUGGUACGCCAUCUUGGCUCCAAUAUGAACAUACAGACACAUGCUUGUAUUGGAGGUACGCAUGUGGGUGAAGACGUUAAGAAAUUACAACAGGGCCAGCACGUUGUCAGUGGUACGCCGGGGCGUGUCUUAGAUAUGAUCAAGCGUAGAAACUUAGGAGUUAGACAGGUGAAGAUAUUAAUUCUUGACGAAGCCGAUGAAUUGCUCUGCAAGGGAUUCAAGGAGCAGAUUUAUGAUAUUUAUAGAGCAUUGCCACUGUCCACUCAGUGCGUUGUUGUCAGUGCAACUUUACCCAAGCAAGUUCUUGAGAUGACUUCUAAGUUUACGUCCGAUCCAAUAAGGAUCUUGGUUCGCCAGGACGAUAUUACCUUGGAGGGGAUAAAACAGUACUACGUGAAUUGUGAGAGAGAACAGUGGAAGUUCGAUACGUUGUGCGAUUUAUACGAUAACAUGACAAUCACACAGGCAGUUAUCUUUUGUAAUACGAAACAGAAGGUUGACUGGCUCGCGACACAAAUGAGGAAGGCCAAUUUCACUGUAGCGUCGAUGCAUGGAGAUAUGAAACAAGAUGAAAGAGACUCGGUUAUGAAUGACUUUAGAUCUGGAGCACUGAGAGUCUUGAUAUCGACGGAUGUAUGGGCUAGAGGGAUCGAUGUGCAGCAAGUAUCACUUGUUGUAAACUAUGACUUGCCCAACGACAAGGAAAACUAUGUACAUAGAAUUGGGAGAUCUGGAAGAUUUGGAAGAAAAGGUGUCGCCAUAAAUUUCACCACUAAGGAGGAUUUUCAGGUGAUCAAGGACUUGGAGAAGCACUAUUCUAUCAGAAUUAGAGAAAUGCCUGCUGAUCUCCAGAUGUAG